CGUUGUAGUGGCGCCUUCCCAGCCGGAGGCGGAGCCAGGGGGGUGUGGGGCGGGGCCUCCACGAAGGCCCCAGCUCCACUUCCCGAGGCGGGUGAAUAAACAAAGGAGAAAUGAAUGCCAUUUGCAGCUUAAAGAUAGCUGGUAGGAACUGCAUUUUAUUUCGCUUAACUUCUUUGGCCAGCCAGACAAAGUGCAAUAAGCUUUAUAAGUCUUCAGUUGAAGCUUUGAAUGGACAUCACCAGAUUCAAAUAAAUCGGAUAGUGGAUAAAUGCCAGCGACUAAAUACAAGCAGCAACACCAGCUAUUAUUUUAUGAUUGGAAGCUCUAACUUCUACAGAAAAUUUAUUAAUAAAAGCCAAAGAUGUUUUUUGAAUGCCAAGAAUAUAAAAGUGUGCACAAACAUACACAGUAGCCGUAGAAGUCCUUGUUUCCUGGCCUCUCAGCCGUUAGUGGAAGAGUUUGCAUUAUUCCGAAGUCUUGCUCCAGUGCAGUCCCCAGAUCGCAUUCCUGCUUGGGAUGUUCAGAUAAUCAGGCUUUUUCACACAUCAUCAUCAUUUCAGGCUGCUCCAGUGCCUCUAUUGUGGAUUAUUCUUAAACCGGCUCAGAAGUUAUUUGCUAUCAUUCUUGGAAGGAGCAUCAGAAAAUGGUGGAGGGCACUGCCUCCUAACAAGCGGGAACUUUUUAAAGAAAGUGCGAGAAAAAACAAAUGGAAGAUAGUUGUGGGUCUGUGUAGCUUGGCGGUUUUAUUUAUUAUAUUUUAUUUUACUCACUUGGAGGAAACACCAAUCACUGGGCGUGCUCGACUGUUGGUAUUCGGGAAGGAACAUUUUAGGAUAUUGUCACAGAUGGAGUAUGAUAUGUGGAUGGAACAGUUUAAAAAUCAGAUGUUAUCCGAGACAGACCCUCGCUAUCAGGUAGUGAAAAAAGUUAUUGGUCAUUUAUCUGAAAGCAACCAGGACAUCCUGCAGAUCUCAGAGUUCAAGUGGGCUAUCCAUGUGGUGGAAGAACCAGGCAUAAAUGCUUUUGUACUUCCAAAUGGCCAAGUAUUUGUUUUCACUGGUUUGCUAAAUGUGGUGUCAGAUAUUCACCAGCUCUAUUUCAUUUUGGGACAUGAAAUAGCUCAUGCUGUAUUGGGACAUGCAGCAGAGAAAGCCAGUCUGGUACAUUUCUUGGAUUUCCUGUCGCUUAUCUUGCUCACUAUGAUUUGGGCAGUCUGUCCUCGAGAUAGUUUGGCAAUUGUAGGCCAGUUGAUCCAGAGUAAGUUGCAGGAGUUUAUAUUUGAUAGGCCAUAUAACAGGACAUUGGAGGCUGAAGCUGACAAAGUUGGACUUCAGUUUGCUGCAAAGGCUUGUGUGGAUGUAAGAGCAAGCAGUGUGUUUUGGCAGCAGAUGGAAUUAGUAGAGACCAUUCAAGGGCAGCGUAAAUUACCAGAAUGGCUCUCCACACACCCUUCUCAUGAAAACAGAGCUGAACACUUGGACCGGCUUAUACCAGAGGCACUUAAAAUAAGAGAGAGCUGCAAUUGCCCCUCUCUUCCUGGACCAGACCCUCGCCUCAUUUUCAAACUUAGCAUGCAGCAUCUUCUGGAAACAUCGAAGGAUAAAGAAGGCCAGAAUGCUACUGAGCAUGAUCUUGCGAAGCCAAAAGUAGACUUUCCUUCUGUUCAAAAGGAGGAAAAGAUUCCGAUAACUCUUGCAGUUAAAAAGGAACCAACGAGCUGAACGGAAAAACAUUCCCCUGAAAAACUUUACAAACAGUUCACUGAACAGAUUUUUUUUUUCCCUGCAAGCCUUUUGAUCCUUUUGGAACGAUAAGAUGGACAGACAGCUACAAAUCAUGUUUGUACCUCCAUGGUGCCAAAAAUCUAUUGAGGGGAAACUUGUUUCUCUGUAUUACAACUUGGAUCAAGCCACCAGUAUUCUGUGUUCUCGAACUUCUGGUGAUCUCCCACUCAGUGCAAUGAGGAACUCUCCCCACAUACAGCGAGCAGUGUAUUGGAGUUGAGACUUUUAUUCAAGAAGGGAUGCCAAAUGUAAAUCACUUCAGUUGGAGGGCAAAAAUCUCUGUACAAUCCAUUCACACCAAUAGAAAAGAAGCAAUAAAAUGGCCAGUGGGCUGUACAUACAUCCACCCAAUUGGAUGGUUUUCUGCUGGGAUUUUUCUUAUUAAAUCUCUUUUAAAGGCA